AUGAACAAUUUGUGGGAUCAAAUUCGACGGUCUCAGGAUGAAGAUGAUGAAGAGAUGAUGGCCACCAACGCCAUUGUCAUCGCUGCAGUCGCAGAAGAAUCUGGAAACCAACACCGAGGGCGGGGUUCUCAUCCGGGUCGUGCACCAAAUGAGGAACGACUUAGAGAAGAAAGGGGCAAAGGUAUGUUGGCCGACUACUUUGUCGACCGGCCAGUGUUCAAAGAUCCGGUGUUCCGAACACGUUACAGGAUGAGUCUCAAUCUCUUCAAGCGUAUAUCUACUGACCUUUGCCAGUAUGAUCGUUACUUUGUUCAAAGGUCAGAUGCUACCGGCAAAGUCGGACUGCUUCCGGAGCAGAAGAUGACAGCUGCCUUGCGAAUGCUUGCUUACGAAUACCUCCGCGCUCCUACUACAGCCGACCUCAGACGACUUCUUGCCAAAGCUGAGAUGAGAGGUUUUCCAGGAAUGAUUGAGAGCAUCGACUGUAUGCAUUGGCAAUGGAAGAAUUGUCAGACAGGUUGGGCUGGAGAAUAUAGUGGUAGGAAACAGAUCUCCACUAUCAUCCUGGAAGCAGUCGCAUCUUACGACACCUGGAUUUGGCACGCAUUCUUUGAAAUGCCCGGGGCAUGCAACGACCUGAACGUCUUGGCAAAGUCUUCGUUGUUUGAUGAGCUUACUGCCGGUAGAGCACCUCUAAUCCAAUUCCAAGUUAACAACAGAGCUCACAAUCUAGGGUACUAUCUCGCCGACGGUAUUUAUCCUCGAUGGGCGACUUUCUUGAAAACUGUUCGAAAUCCUACACGCCCCAAGGAAAUCGAGUUUGCAAAGGCUCAAGAGGGGUAUAGGAAGGAUGUAGAAAGAUGUUUUGGUAUAUUACAGUCACGAGCUCACAAUCUAGGGUACUAUCUCGCCGACGGUAUUUAUCCUCGAUGGGCGACUUUCUUGAAAACUGUUCGAAAUCCUACACGCCCCAAGGAAAUCGAGUUUGCAAAGGCUCAAGAGGGGUAUAGGAAGGAUGUAGAAAGAUGUUUUGGUAUAUUACAGUCACGGUUUGGUAUUGUUAGAGGAGCUGCUCGUGGGUGGCAUAAAGAGGACCUUCGAUACAUUAUGUUGACGUGUAUUAUAUUACACAACAUGAUUGUCGAAAAUGAACGACCUGAAGACAGCGAUGAUGAGUUGGAGUCCGAUGAUGAGGAUGAGGCCCAGGAUUGCUGA